AACCCGAAAAACCCACCGAAUCGAAAAAUCCAAGUAUAUAAAACCACCACGAUCCCAAACGCAGCUAGGGUUUUAGCUUCUCUCCAUCGAUCCAGACUCCAAUCGAAAGCAAAAAAAAAAAAAAUCAAAUCAAAGCCGCGAUGUUCCCAGGAAUGUUCAUGCGCAAACCAGACAAGGCGGUGGCCUUGAAGCAGCUGAAGGCACAUGUGGCUAUGUUUGGAGUGUGGAUAGCUGUGAUUCGUGUCACUCCUUACGUUCUUCAUUACCUCUCUGAUGAUAAGGAAGAGCUCAAGCUCGAGUUCUAGAUGCCUCCUCUGAUUCUUACCUGUGGGUCUACAAGGAGAGAAUUGGGUUGGAAUGUAAAAGAGUAUGCAAGUUCCAGAUUCGUUUCAGCUUUAAUUUGAGGCCAUUGUGUUAUCACAUUGUGCGCUUUCUUUGAUCGUUAGCAUUUUUGUUGAAAUGGAGGCUUGACUACUUCCAUAUAAUGCCAUGACUCCAUGACUGGUUAUAUCUAAAUGAAUAUACUUUUGAAUUUCUUGCUA